GCUGCACACUGGGCGAGAGAGGCUGAAGGGGAAGGAGGGAGGCGGUUGAGCAGGCAGAGCACGGAGAAAGAGGAAGCGGCGGUAGCAGCGCAGCGCUGGCUACGGCGACCAGCCUCCCUUCCCAAUCCUCCGUCAUCCUCCCCCCCCGGCUUUCCCUCCCCCCUGACAGCCCCAGGAGCAGCAGCGGUAGGGAGGCUCCUUCUAGGCGGGCACAUCUGAAUCAUGGAGCUUCGAGUGGGAAAUAAAUAUCGGCUGGGACGAAAAAUUGGUAGUGGAUCGUUUGGAGAUAUUUAUUUGGGUGCCAAUAUUGCCACAGGAGAAGAAGUAGCCAUUAAAUUGGAAUGUGUGAAAACCAAGCACCCACAGCUCCACAUUGAAAGCAAAUUUUACAAGAUGAUGCAAGGUGGAGUGGGCAUUCCUUCCAUUAAGUGGUGCGGGGCAGAAGGUGACUAUAAUGUGAUGGUGAUGGAACUUCUGGGGCCCAGCCUAGAAGACCUUUUUAACUUCUGCUCCCGCAAGUUCAGUCUCAAGACUGUUCUGCUUCUGGCAGAUCAGAUGAUCAGCCGUAUUGAGUACAUUCAUUCCAAGAAUUUUAUCCACCGAGAUGUGAAACCGGACAAUUUCCUUAUGGGACUUGGCAAAAAAGGCAACCUAGUGUACAUCAUUGAUUUUGGUCUGGCCAAGAAGUACCGAGACGCCCGUACCCACCAGCACAUUCCCUAUCGGGAAAACAAAAACCUAACCGGCACAGCCCGCUAUGCCUCUAUCAACACUCACCUUGGGAUUGAACAAAGUCGCCGUGAUGAUUUGGAGAGCUUGGGCUAUGUACUGAUGUACUUCAAUCUUGGCUCGUUGCCUUGGCAAGGCCUAAAAGCUGCCACAAAGCGACAGAAAUACGAGCGCAUCAGUGAAAAGAAGAUGUCGACACCCAUAGAAGUGCUCUGCAAAGGCUAUCCUUCUGAGUUCUCUACAUACCUCAACUUCUGCCGUUCACUGCGGUUUGAUGACAAACCAGAUUACUCUUAUCUGAGGCAGCUGUUCCGCAAUCUCUUCCACCGUCAGGGAUUCUCCUAUGACUACGUAUUUGACUGGAAUAUGCUCAAAUUUGGAGCAGCCCGGAAUCCUGAGGAUAUGGACCGGGAGAGGCGAGAGCAUGAACGAGAGGAAAGGAUGGGGCAGCUCCGGGGUUCUGCUACACGGGCACUGCCUCCUGGCCCUCCUGCUGGGGCCACUGCUAACCGCCUCCGCAAUGUCGCUGAACCCAUGGCCUCCACACCCACUUCCCGCAUCCAGCAGUCUGGAAACACAUCUCCCAGGGCAAUUUCACGGGUAGACAGGGAACGCAAGGUCAGCAUGAGGUUACACCGAGGAGCCCCCGCCAACAUCUCCUCGUCUGACCUCACAGGACGGCAAGAAGUGUCACGGAUUUCAGCAUCACAGACCAGUGUGCCAUUUGAUCACCUGGGGAAAUGAAGAGUGGAUUCCACCAGACCAGUGUUUGCUUAGUGUCUUCACUGUAUUUUUCUUUUAAAAAACAAAACAACAAAAACAAAUUAAAAGGAAAAAACAAAAAAAAAGCCAACCUUUUUUUUUUCGCCAGCAAGGAGAGGAUCUGCCUUGUGCUGGCAUUCUUGUCUUUCCUGAGAUCAUCGGCUGUGUUCCUGAACCAAAUUGCCUUUGACGAGUCACUCAUGCAGGAGCCUUGCAGGAACACCUUUGCUGCUGUUGUGCAGCUUCCUCUCCAUAGGCCUUGCUCGUCUCAUACCAGCAGGCCGUGACCACCACCCAGAUCUUUCUGCUCCCCUUUCCGAUCUAUAUGUAUUGUCCACAAAAAAAAAAAAAAGGAAAAAAAAGAGAGAAGCCUUAUUCGAUAUUGUUUUGAAAGUCCAGUUAGUUAAGAAAAGAAGGUUUCCAACACAAUUUUAAUCACAUCUUUGUUCUGUGGUUCUUGGGUGGGGAGGAGGAUGUUUACAGGAGACUUUAAAAAUUCCAGCUCCAAGGAGCUUCAGGAGGUGGUUUAACAUUCAUUUCAAAUUUGGCUGCAGUGGUAAGCUGGCACUGCCUCCAGGGGAGAUUCAGUGGACGAAGGCUGCUAUUUGUAUUCAGGCAUUCUUUCUUUUGGGGACACCACUGCCCCUGUGUGUGCAUUCGUGUGGGAUGCUAUAGGCAUACCAAUAAGGUGAACAGGACUCUGGCACAGCAGCAGUUGUGUGUUAAGGAUGUGGAUGUGGGUAGCGAUAUCUGCUGUGCAAAGCAGCAACAAAUGUGAAAGGUGUAGAAAUGUACCCUGCUUCUAGUGCAAGGGAUGGCAGUCUCAAUCUUUCUCUCUCUCUCUCC